CCAGGUGGACUUCAGCUGAUGUCCAGAGUCAACAAUGGUCAACCAAAAUCCUGCAAAACCAGUGGAAAGAAAAAAGAACUUCUCGUUUCGGCAUUGAUUCUGCGACUCUCAGCGAUUAAUGUGUUUCACUGUUUUAUCAAUUUGAUCUUCCCUAACAAAAAGAACGUAAAGCUGACCACAAACCACGCUGUCAACGCCAUGCUGAAGUCAAGGCAUGAUUAUAGGACUUCAGGAGUACCUACUUUGAAAGACAUCAUUUACGGAGUCAUGCCACCCAUACCAUGAUAUUUCUAUAAACAAGAGUUGCCUUGCUGCUGUGCCCUUGGUGACUGCGAGACCAUCUGAUUACAGUUGCAACUGCAAGAAAGCAUCACAGUUUCUAUCAGUUAUAAAUUAGUACAUUUAUACAGGAUCAGAAACUCAGUUCAGAACCGCCUGCCUGCGCCUGCAAUGAAGCACUGCUGUAUACAUCAAGUUGGGCAAGAACUGCGAGAAGUAAACAGCUCGAUUAUAUUCCAGCCGACUUUGACGGCCACGACGUUGGCGCCCCUUUUAAUCUCGCUGACGGAGGACCGUCUGGAAGGAUAUUCAUCGACACACUCUAUAGGACGUUCCUUUUCACUGAAGAACACGGUUCCGGAAGGCCUCCGUCGGACCCAUUCCAACGGUGGCGUUUGCGGCAUUUAUUUGGACAUUGUAUGACCUUGUUAUCUAUAAGGAUGAUCUAUGGGUCGAUGAGUCCAUCCGCAGUCUGCUGGAGACGUCGUCGCCCUUCCGGCCAGUUUGUUUAGCAUCAAAAGAUCCGGCAACAUCCUCCCUACUUUCCCAGUUCCGCAAUGGCAAUGGACGAUAGAUGCCGAAGCUUUCCGUCCGUCCAGCGACUUUGCUUUCUUUUUCUUUAGCGCCGCUUGCGAUCUGAGUCAACUCGACGUUGGCUUCUUUUCUGAAUAUUUUCCACAAAUUGAGCACCAUCUUCACCAGCCAGUCAUCCAACGUCCAAAACAUUCAGAAUCUGCCCGCUUUGCCUAGUCUGACCCGACUGGCCAUUACUUAUAGUUCACAGGGCUGGAGCCGAUUGCCGAUUUCUCUCGUCUUGGGCGCAGUCAGCUGAAACUUCUUUGACGGAAUGGCAGCCGACACCCGCCCUAGAGAUGCUGUGUUUGACGACGAAUCUGUUGAGGCAAAUUCCUACCCAGAUGGGUUCUGGGUUCAUUUUAUCAGCUGAUGCAGCUGGAUUUGCCCAACAACAGUUGCCAACUCACUCCCAGCGUAUCUUUCAUAUUCAACGCUCAUGUCGAUUAUUUGUACCUGGAAUCCGACGCGGUAUCAGCAGCAUCAAAUCGAACCCGACGGUCGAUACCUUUCAAGGCGAUUUUCCAUACCGUUUGAUAGUAUAACCACGGUGAUAUGACAAUAGGUAGCUAUACAUCAUUACAUAUAAAGGAAACCAAAUCUCUUUCCUCAUCUUGUAGCACGCCACUGUGUGUCCGAUUUUCUUCCACGUAUUCAUUUUUCUCUGACGAACCAUUUAAUAAUGUCAUGACUAUUUUUUUAUUAUCAACAACACCAACCAACUUUCAUGCAACCUGGAGUGACAGAUCAAAGAGAAUAAUUCAAUAAAUGAUCAGGCACAAUUAACUUGGCGAUUUCAACCGGUUUCAUCUGAGCGACACGGUCACACACGAGUCCAACUUUCACCUACUGCAAUGCAAUCUCACGAGUCAAGACAUUCGAUUCAGCGUUUCGAACGAUAACAAGCUUUUGCACCAACAUUAUUCAUCCACCUGGCCGCACGUCCCCUGGGGUCUGCCGAGAACCCAAUAUCAGCUUGCCCUCGCCCUGAAUUCCUACACCGACGGUAUAUAAAAUCAAGAGAAAGUUUAUUAAGCUCUCCAAUCAGGUUGGUUGAUGACGAAGAUGAAGAUGCUGAAUGUCGACGGUCUGAUGGGGUGAUGGUUCCCGUCCAUCAAAGUAUACAAAGUGUCGACAACUAUUUCAUCGCGAGGAGGUAAAGACAAACAUCUCCUUAAGUUGUUGCAUUCUAUAAAAAGCCGACGCUGCCUUUGAAUUUGGUGAGACCCACUUUUUCUUACAUCGUCGCCGACCAGUUUUCGAGGCUGAAACUCGUUGAGACUUGAGACCGCUACUUUUACGAUCUCGACUGACAGGCCGGUUCUUUUAAUAGUGGAGGUAUUAUUCGACAGCAUUUUUACACGGAAUUUGAAUAUUUUUUUUUCUAAUUUUUUUAAUUGAUGUGGUUCAAUUGAAUGAAAUUCGGAAAAUCAACGCCCGUCUCGUCUGUGUUAACGUCACGUCCAGUUUCAGCCACUCUUUUCCAAAUCUGACUCCGAGCCGUCCGAGGUGUAAUUGUUUAUUAUCAAUUGUUUUUCGUCCGCUUCCUUCUUAUGCAGUAAUAGUAAUAGUAACAGUAAUCGUAUGCAGUAUUAUUUAAAUUAGCGUUCAUGACUCGCCAAUUUAUUCAAGUGUCUUGUCAUUGUGGUUUCGCCCUUUCAGUUCAAGUUUUAAGUUUUCUUCACCGAGAAAGUUCUACAAAAUAAGAUAGUCAAAUCAGCUCAGUGGACAGCAAAAAUAAAGCGUUGAUUACAUAAAUAGCCGCCGGCAUAUUUACAUAUUAUUAUUUUCAUGCUGACUCAUUGCGUUUUUUUUAGUGAAUUGCAUUCAAACUUUUGUGCCACAACCGGAUUACAAGUUGAAGUUGACGAUAAAUUGGCCGUUAGCACCUUUCCCUAAAUGCGCCAACGUUAUAUAAAGUAGCCAUUGCGGCCAGCAACAGAGCCAUAACCCAACUUACGUAACGCGCACUAGAUUGUAUAAAUAUAUGGGCGGAGGAGAAGGGUGUCCACCGCAGAGCGCGUUCAGAGUCGGCCGUUGCGGGAACUCAUUGCUAAGAGCUCAGUCCACCUAGCUGUCCACCUAGCUGUCCUGUCAGUGUCUACCCUUUUUUCUUCUUCACCAUAUUGUUGCCAGCUCGUCAAAUAUGGAGUUACGUUGGCUGAUUGAAGUAUCCGUUAUGGGCUUUCUGCUUACGGUGGCCACCAGUCAGAAAUAUCCGCAGCCAAAGUCGACCAGUUAUCCCAACGAACGCGUCCCGCCGGCAAAUGGAUACAAUUACGACCGACCCAUUACGACGACAGGCGAUGACUAUCUUCCUGUUGCUGCCAUCGAACCUGUCUACGGCACGAAUUCUCCCGGAGGAAACUACAACCAAUACCCCAAUCCGGCCGGAGGAAGUGAUAAUGAAAGCAAAUACCCAGCCAAGGAUUAUCAUGUCCCGUUGAGCUAUUGCCCCGAAGUUGGCGGAUUGGAAUCGCAUUGCCGACCGGCCAAAGAUUGCGCCGUGUGGUACAAUAUCGUCCGUACGAUUCCCGGAACUUCUUGCACGCUAGAAAACGGACAAGGCGGCCAAGGAAUCUGCUGUCCCCACAUGCCCUACAAUGGUCGACAUGGGGCGACGUUUAGUAAGCCGAGCUCGUGCCCGCAAGGCCUCCAGCCCGACCCUCAUCCUGACCGAAUCACCGAGAUCUCGGUGAAGGAAGCCGUCAAAUUGGGUAAACUGCAGAUGGCGUCUAUGAUAGAUACUGAGAAGCGUCUCGUCCGGAACAACAUCCAAGUCAGACCCGGAUCCCAGCGCCACACCCACAGUCGGAUCUUCUUCCACUCGGCACCCGCAGCCGUUAGAAUCAGCAACAGUUCACUCUACGCCGUUAACACGGCUCUGCAUUUAGUAAAGAGAUAUCAAAUCAAGCCGGAGCAGGUCGAGUGCGUUUUGAACCAUUUGGAACUGAAAUACACGACCAUAGCCGACACGUGUCCGAUUUUCCCCGACUGCGAUCUCAAGACAUUCAAUUCGCCGUUUCGAACGAUUACGGGCAUUUGCAACAACAUUCAUCCACCUGGCCACGUCCCCUGGGGUGUGCCGAGAACCCAAUACCAACGGGCUCUCGCCCCGAAUUACGCCGACGGUGUCUGGAUGCCUCGACGAGCUACAAAUGGUGGCCAACUUCCCCAUCCCCGUUUGCUGUCAAACUUGUUGAUUCGCGACCUCGACGUCGCCAGCGACACGGACACCACUUUCGUCAUGCAGUACGGCCAGUUUAUCGAUCACGACAUGCUGGAAACCAUGGAAUCUAAAACAGCCGACGGAGCGUCAGUGCCUUGUUGCACGGACGAUGGUCAAUUUCUUGACGAGGGCGACCUUAGUCACGGCAAGUGCAUCCCCAUCGAAAUUCCCAAGGACGACCCGUUUUACUCCAUGUUUCGCCAACGUUGCAUGCAAUUCGCCCGUUCCGCUCCCGCGUGUAGAACCGACGGACGCCUCGGACAUGUUGAGCAGAUGAAUCAAAAUACUCACUAUCUGGAUCAUUCUGGCCUUUACGGCUCCGACGAUCAACUGGCCGGUGAGCUGAGGACGUUCGAAAACGGCGCUCUCAAGGUGUUUGUCCGUCCUGGCAAAGGUUGCCACCACCACGACAUGGACUUGCAUCCACCCGACAACGAAACGGAUGUCGAUUGCGCCUUGUCCAAGGCCAUCACCGGAGUCAAUCCGCCUCCUGAAAUCAAAUGCUUCAAAGCAGGCGACGACCGAAUCAACGUCACUCCCUACAUGGUCGCCUCGCAAACUGUUUUCUUGCGGGAACACAACGGAGUUGCCGGAUUGCUGGCGGAACUCAAUCCGCACUGGGACGACGAGCGCCUCUACCAGGAAGCCAGACGCAUUCUCAUUGCCCAAAUGCAGCACAUCACCUACAACGAAUAUCUCCCAGUCCUCAUCGGUCGGGAGAAGAUGCAGGAGCUUAGCCUGUUGCCACUCCAAAAAGGAUUCAGUCGCGAUUACGACGAAAACGUCAAUCCGUCCAUUUUGAACGAAUUCGCCGCUGCUGCCUUCCGUUUCGGCCACUCUCUCGUUCCCGGAAAACAAGACCUCAUCAACCAGCGGAGAGUGAAAGAACGUGACAUUUUGUUACGACAACAUUUUUUCAAGACGACAGAGACGUACACGCCCGGCAAUUUAGACAAGUUCCUCAUCGCCUUGGCAACGAUACCCAGCCAAAAAGUGGACACGUAUUUCACCGAAGAGAUGACCAAUCACUUGUUUGAAGAGGCUGGCAAGGGAUUCGGUAUGGAUAUAGUGUCGCUUAACAUCCAACGCGGACGUGAUCACGGUUUACCUGGAUACAAUUCUUACCGCGAACUUUGCGGACUCCCCCGCGCCAGAGAUUUCCACGACCUUCUCGACGUUAUUCCUCCCAAGAUCGUCGAGAAAUUCGAGUCCGUGUACGACACUGUGGAUGAUAUAGAUUUAUUCAUUGCUGGUGUGUCCGAGCGACCGGCCAAAGGCGCCAUGGUAGGUCCCAUCUUCCAGUGUAUCAUCGCCGACCAAUUUUUGAGGUUGAAACGGGGUGAUCGCUACUUUUACGAUCUCGGCGGACAGGCCGGCUCGUUCACCCAAGAACAACUGGACGAAAUAAGGAAAAUAAGUUACUCGCGCAUCGUCUGUGACAACAGCUUCGUCCAGUUUAUUCAACCGCUUUUCUUCAAAGCAGAAUCAGAACUGAAUCCCAUCGUGAGUUGCAUGUCCUUUGACUCCAUUCCUCGUAUGAAUCUUUUCCCGUGGAAGGAGAAUGGAAGUGCUGACUGGCGACUGCAGAAAUAUUGAAACUAGACUUUAUUAACUACUACUUAUUUAUUACUUUUAUUAAUUUAGCCUACUUUAUUGAUCCGUCAAAUGAUCAAUAAAAUCAAAAAUUCUUCAUUUUUUUAUGGUUUUUUGGAAAUAUGAAAUAUUUUGAUUCUUCACUUCAUCGCUUUAUCACUGGUAAAACAGGAAAUAUUUCGCGGUGAAAUUGUGGGAUGUUUCAUGCUUAUUUACAGUUUAACAGAGUUCUGGAAUCGUGUAAAAUCUUGUGUUUAUUAACGAAAGAAAAACUCGCCGUAGUA